AUGGCACGAAUUCUUUGCGUGGCGGAGAAGCCCUCGAUAGCAAAGGCGGUGGCGAACCAUCUGGGCGGUCAAGCGCGCGCGGAAAACGUCCGCGGCAACCAAUACACCAAGAACUACAAAUUUGACUACAACUUUCAGAGAUGGGGACAGUGCUCGGUAACCUUCACCAGCGUGGCUGGCCAUAUUCAGCAACUAGACUUCCAUGAACGCUACCGCAAAUGGAACUCUUGUCAUCCGUCCGAACUUUUCGAGGCUCCUACCACAAUCCACAUUGCAGAUGACAAGAAAGCCAUCGCCAGCAACAUCGAGUCUCAGGCGGGAUAUGCGUCGAUUCUUUUCAUCUGGACGGAUUGCGACCGCGAGGGGGAGCAUAUUGGAUCCGAGAUUCGAGACAUUGCGCGGAAGGCAAACCCCAACAUGCAAGUGUGGCGGGCAAGGUUUAGCAAUAUUGAAAGAGCGCACAUUAUACAAGCCGCCCGAAACCCCGUGCAGCUGGACGACGCACAAGCUAAUGCUGUUGCUGCUCGCAUCGAAUUGGACCUCCGCUUAGGAGCCGCCUUCACGCGCCUACAGACCCUACACCUUCAGAACAUGAUCCCCCAGCGGGGAGAGGACCAGAGAAAAGUAAUCAGUUACGGCUCCUGCCAGUUCCCAACUUUAGGAUUCGUGGUCGAUCGAUACCUCCGCGUACGAAACUUCAUCCCCGAACCCUUCUGGUACAUCAGACUCGUUCAUGAAAAGGAUGAUAUCAACGUGAAGUUCUCCUGGAGAAGAGGGCAUGUAUUCGACAGAAUGGCUGUUAUCAUCAUCUACGAGAGAUGUCUUCUGGCAAAGCUCGCGAGAGUGACGAAAAUGUCGAAGAAGCCAACAAAAAAGUGGAAGCCGUUGCCUUUGACUACAGUUGAGCUUCAAAAGAUGGGAAGCACGUUCCUCAGGAUGAGCUCACAAGAUGUCAUGACCGCUGCCGAAGCUCUUUAUACGAAAGGUUGGAUCAGCUACCCCCGUACGGAAACAGACCAAUUUGACAGAGGUAUGGACCUGCGACGAAUCAUCGAGAGACAGCAGCAAGACAACCACUGGGGCGCUUUCGCUCAGAGUCUGAUGAAUGGCGGGUUCAAUCAGCCUCGCAACGGCCGGAAUAAUGACAAAGCCCAUCCACCGAUUCACCCUGUCAACUACGUAGUGCCGACGCAACUCAAUGAUAAAGAGAGACGAGUGUACGAGUUUGUCGUGCGUCGAUUCCUUGCAUGCUGUUCCGAGGAUGCAGUUGGCGAAGCUACAGAUGUCGAACUCGACUACGGCGGGGAGAUGUUCCACGCACACGGUCUCACUGUCCUGGCGAGAAACUACCUUGACGUCUACCCCUACGAUAGGUGGGAGAGCAGUCAAAAUCUACCUCAGUAUACCGUUGGCGAGACGUUCGAGCCAACGGAGGCUACAAUGCAUGACGGAAAAACUACCGCUCCCGGGUACCUGACGGAGCCUGAACUCAUCGCUCUUAUGGAUGUCAAUGGUAUCGGGACGGAUGCCACCAUGGCCGAGCAUAUUCAGAAGAUUCAAGACCGGGAGUACGUGAUGGGCAGACCGAAAGGCGGAGCAGCUGCAGGUCAUGGCGGCAACGGCGGCGAUCGAGGAGGUGGCAGAGGCCGGGGACGGGGCAGAGGGGGAAGAGGCGGCCGAGGUGGUGCCGCUGCGCAGAACGGAGCAGCUGCUGGCGGAGUGCAAGAGUUUAUUCCGACAACGCUGGGAAUUGCCCUUAUUGAGGGAUAUGACAACGUCGGGUUCGAGACGAGCCUCAGCAAGCCAUUUUUACGCAAAGAGAUGGAAGUUCAGAUGAAAGCAAUCUGCGAAGGCCGCAGGACGCGCCACGACGUGGUGCAGCAGAAUCUGGAGCAGUACAGAGCAGUGUUCAUUCGCACGCUGCAGCAGAUCAACGUGCUCAAAGCCGUAAGCUCUGUGGGAGAAAGUGUUGUUGACGAAGUCGCUAACAUGGCUCAGGCCAUCAGAAAGUACGUCGUCGAAGCGAAUCAUGGCUGAGGCAUUUUCCACGGGGCGCUCUGAUAUCGUACGCUGUCCAUUCUCUGGCGCGACACGUGGGAGAAUUAUCGCCCAGCAGGCAGCGAUAGGCAAAGAAGCCCCAAUUAUCUAUUGCCAGAACAACAGCGUUGGGCCGGAAAAGGGCGUCCGGAAUGCAGCGCAACCAUGACCGGUUCGAGGCAUUUCAGCGCGCUCGGCAGCGGGAUGUCCUUGCAGCUGGGCAACACGUGUAUUUGCGGGGUGUUGUCCUUGGUUGCUUUUGC